UCGCGGUGUUACCUUUCAGACAUCUUGCAUCUGAAAGGGAGCUUAUUUGUUACAAACGAGGUGAAAACGUUUAAGUUCGGUUGAUUUACUCGUAUUAAAUGCUCCUUGAUCGGUUUUCCUUGCAGCGAUUGCUCAUGAAGUUGUAAAGAGCGGUAUUGUGCUCGAGUGCAACACCGUAGCUCUGAUUGUCUUUCCUCGCGUCUUGCUUUGUGCGUCAUUAUCCUCUUUUCGUUUGAUUAUUUUUUUUUUGCAACGAGCCGACAUGGCAACACCCGCUGCUGUGAAUCCAACUGAGAUGGCAACUGAAAUCCCUGGACCUGUGGCAUUACCAGGCGCCCCAGUCAACGCCGGGCAGGUGAGGAUGACGGGGUCUAUACCAACCCGUGGAGGGAAGAGACGGUCGGGAGGCAUGGACUUUGAUGAUGAGGAUGGAGAGGGACCAAGCAAAUUUUCAAGGUAUGAUGAUGAUCAGAUUCCUGGUGAUAAGGAAAGGUUUGCGAGGUUUGAGGAACAGCCUGGCCAUAUGGAUGAGGUAUUCAGCCCCCCCUUACGAGAGAACCACAGCGAAAUUGAAAGGCGCCGGCGGAAUAAGAUGACUCAGUACAUCACGGAGCUGUCGGACAUGGUGCCCACCUGCAGUGCCCUGGCACGCAAGCCGGACAAGCUGACCAUUCUGCGCAUGGCCGUGUCGCACAUGAAGUCUAUGAGGGGCACGGGGAACACCUCCACUGAUGGCGCAUACAAGCCCUCCUUCCUAACGGAGCAGGAGCUGAAACACCUGAUCCUGGAGGCAGCAGACGGCUUUCUGUUCGUGGUUGCUGCGGAGACAGGCAGAGUGAUCUACGUUUCGGACUCUGUGACUCCGGUCCUCAAUCACCCACAGUCGGAGUGGUUUGGAAGCACACUGUUUGAGCAGGUGCACCCCGAUGACGUGGAGAAGCUGAGGGAGCAGCUCAGCACCUCUGAGAACUCGAUGACAGGGCGAAUCCUGGAUCUGAAGACUGGUACUGUGAAGAAGGAAGGUCAGCAGUCCUCCAUGAGGAUGUGCAUGGGAUCCAGAAGGUCUUUUAUUUGCAGAAUGAGGUGCGGCAGUGCUCCGUUAGACCACAUAUCAUUAAACCGGCUGUCUAACAUGAGGAAGAGAUAUAGAAAUGGCCUGGGACCUUCAAAAGAAGGAGAAGCACAGUAUUCUGUGGUGCACUGUACCGGCUAUAUCAAAGCCUGGCCACCUGCAGGGAUGACUAUUCCCGAUGAGGAUACAGAAGCUGGACAAACCAGUAAAUACUGCCUUGUGGCGAUUGGAAGGCUCCAGGUUACCAGCUCUCCGGUAUCAAUGGACAUGAAUGGGCUCUCGGUGCCCACAGAGUUCCUGUCUCGUCACAGUUCUGAUGGUAUCAUCACCUUUGUGGACCCACGCUGCAUCAACGUCAUUGGAUAUCAACCCCAGGAUCUUCUGGGAAAAGAUAUCUUGGAGUUUUGCCAUCCAGAGGAUCAGAGCCACCUGAGGGAGAGUUUUCAACAGGUGGUGAAACUGAAAGGCCAGGUCCUCUCUGUGAUGUACCGCUUUCGCACCAAGAACAGGGAAUGGAUGCUGAUCAGAACCAGCAGCUUCACAUUUCAGAACCCUUACUCGGACGAAAUUGAAUACAUCAUCUGCACCAAUACUAAUGUCAAGCAGCUCCAGCAGCAGCAGGCCGAGUUGGAAGUUCACCAGAGGGAUGGUCUUCCCUCCUAUGACUUGUCCCAGCAGGUGCCUGUUCCAAAUGUCUCCAGUGGAGUUCACGAAACAGGAAAAGCAAUUGACAAGACGGAUACCAUGUUCUCCCAGGACAGAGAUCCGCGUUUUGCUGAUAUGUAUGCAGGUAUUUCAGCUGACAAAAAAAUGAUGGCUUCUUCCUCGGCGGUGAGCGGCCAGCAGCUCUACUCUCAGGGAAGCCCAUUUCAGCCAGGGCACUCUGGGAAAAGUUUCAGCUCCUCUGUGAUCCAUGUUCCGGGAGUCAAUGACAUUCAGCCCUCAUCCUCUGCAGGACAGAACCUGGCCCAGAUUUCUCGGCAGAUAAACCCUGGGCAGGUUGCCUGGACAGGCAGUCGCCCUCCAUUUUCUGGUCAGCAAAUUCCAGCCCAGUCCGGGAAGGCGCAGUCUUCUCCUUUCGGGAUUGGCUCAGGCCACAACUACCCAGCUGACCCGUCUUCUUACAGCCCCCUCUCCAGCCCUGCCACGUCCUCUCCUAGUGGAAAUGCCUACUCCGGACUGGCCAACCGCAGCACAGCUUUUGAUGUUGCAGCUGAGGGGACACAGAGUGGAGGGCAGUUCCAGGGCAGACCCUCAGAGGUGUGGUCCCAGUGGCAAAGUCAGCACCACAGCCAGCAGGGCAGCGAGCAGCACUCACACCCUCAGCCCAGCCAGACUGAAGUGUUCCAGGACAUGUUGCCAAUGGCCGGGGAUCCAACCCAGGGCACAGCCAAUUACAAUAUUGAAGAUUUUGCUGACCUGGGCAUGUUCCCUCCUUUUUCUGAGUAAUGGAGUGAAAACAAAAGAGGAUGCAAGAAAAUAAACUCUUGAACAUAUUUUGAUUUUCAUUUGUUUUAGCUUUUAAGUCCAACUGAGGCCUACAGUGCGCAGAAGUGUUCAUUGUACAUGAGCAUGAACUUCCGGACAUUUUAACAUGUUUUUUCAUCACAUUGUUUCCUUUGACUGAAUAGUAAUAAUCUCCUCACCACAAAUCAUACUCUGAUUGCAUUGUUAACCAGGACAUUUUCAUUGUACAACUUCCAGUAGUGUGCAGUCUGUACGGUCUUUAAUGUGGUCUUUAAAGUAAAUAUUUAUUAUACAGUAUUAUUGACACUUGGGGUGUCUUCAGUCGUAUUUUUCAUGCACUCCUCUGUUUCACAACUGUGCCAAACUGUAAAGGGCAUUUAGAAUAUGCAGAUACACAUUGCUGCUAACCAGCUUUACAUUCAAAUCAUCUGUGUACAGGUAUUGUAGCUCUAAAUAUCUAUAAUGAAUUAAUGAAUAAUUUGAAUCUAAAGAUUCUGGGCCCUACAUUUAAGUGCUUUGUCUUCCUCUUAGGAAGCUAUGGAAAUUUAAGCACCUCAGUGUUUUGAAUAUUGCCCCCCUCCAUGUUUUAAAAGUAUAAUGUCUCAAAUUUAAGUUUUGCUAAAACAUUUUGAAAGAUGAAGGACUGUAGUCACUUGCAAACAGAAGCUGAAAGUGCACUUCAUACUGCUAACAGCACCAGCCACAGCCUUUCAACAGUGCAGUCUAGUUUCCUGCAGUGAAGGGCUGUUGGAAAGCUGGCUCUAAAAUGGACCUUGCUAUUGUUGCAUCUUUUCAGCUGUUUGACUUGUAUAGUAAUUUGUAGUUGCCAUAUUUUACAUUGAAAGAUUAUAUAAUGUGUAACAGCGAUGUCUUUUAUACUUCAGUGCUUAACACUAAAUCAAGUAGGUGUUUUUUUCUUUUGUAAAUAAUGUGACUUGAGAAAAUGUGAUUUUGUCAUUCGCACACUACAUUUGUGAAGGAUUAAUAUUCAUGAGAGUGUACAAUGUGAGUAAAUAUUUAACUAUUAGCGUAGUCUGUUUAUUGUAAAUUUAGUUUAGUCUUGUAAAAAUUGUGCAAAUGUGAGUCAUUAUUUUUGUUUAACUUUAUAAACAUGAUGUGCUUGUGCCAAUAAAUUCUUACUGUUACAAAUG